AUGGCUAAUAGUGGAUCUAGCUCAUCUAGUUCAAGCUCAGAAAGUUCUAGUUCGUCAUCGUCCAGUUUUUCCUCUUCAUCAAGUGACUACUCGCGUAGAGGAGACCGUCGGCGCCGUCAGGCCCGCAACCGUGAGCGCGAGAACGAGCGCGUGGCUGAGGGAGGCCGAGACCGUAUCCGAGCCAAUCCCGCCCAUCCGCCUGUUGCCAUGGAUCAGCCCUUGCCAGUUAAUGUGGUAGAACAACCAGCAGCUCAAGAGCAUGGGGGACAGCAGCACGAGAUUGGAGGGGGCCUGGACGGAGAGCAGGUUCCGAUUGAGGCUCAACUUAAUCGCGUGGUUUAA